CAGAUGUUUGCACGGAGGGCAGCUGUUAUCCCGCCACAGGUGACCUGCUGAUCGGCCGGGCACACAAACUCACCGCCUCCUCCACCUGCGGCGUGAAGAAGCCGGAGCGCUUCUGCAUCGUCGGACACCUGGAGGAAGCUCGGCCGCGUCCCUGAUUUCAUAAGGACGCCAUUCACAGCGCGAACCGGCCGAGGGGAUGUCUGAUAAAGAGAGAGCAUCCCCUGCCUCGCCCCCGGACCACAUGCACACAGGGACGGGAUUGUGAGGAGCACAGCGCUUUUAUUGUGGCGAGGAAUGUCUGAACUCCCACUCGACAAGACAGCGAGCAGAUAACUGAGGAGAAGAAAUGUUUCGUGUGCGACUCCAGCAAGAUGUACGACGAGGACAACAACCACGUCAGCCACACCAUCGAGAACGUGGUCACGACCUUCGCCCACAACCGCCUGAAGACCUGGUGGCAGUCCGAGAACGGUGUGGAGAACGUGACGAUCCAGCUGGACCUGGAGGCCGAGUUUCACUUCACACACCUUAUCAUGACCUUCAAGACGUUUCGGCCGGCUGCCAUGGUGAUCGAGCGCUCGAUGGAUUUCGGGAAGACGUGGCAGGUUUAUCGUUACUUCGCCUACGACUGUGAGUCGUCUUUCCCCGGCGUGUCGUCCGGGCCGCUGGCCAAAGUGGACGAAGUCAUCUGUGACACCCGUUACUCAGACAUCGAACCGUCCACCGAGGGAGAGGUGAUAUUUCGGGUGCUGGAUCCCGCCUUCGAGAUUGAGGAUCCCUACAGCCUGAGGAUUCAGAACAUGCUGAAGAUCACGAACAUCCGCACAAAGUUCAUCAAGCUCCACACACUGGGCGACAACCUGCUCGACUCCCGCGACGAGGUGACGGAGAAGUACUACUACGCCCUCUAUGACAUGGUCGUCCGCGGCAACUGCUUCUGUUACGGCCACGCCUCCGAGUGCGCCCCGAUCGAUGGAGCGCCGACCGGAGCCGAGGGCAUGGUCCACGGACGUUGUGUGUGUAACCACAACACAGAGGGACUGAACUGUGAGCGCUGCAGGGACUUCCACCAUGAUCUGCCGUGGAGACCUGCCGAGGGACGAAACACCAACGCCUGCAAGAAGUGUGAGUGCAACCAUCACUCCACCUCGUGUCACUUCGACCUCGCCGUGUACAUGACGACCGGCAACAUGAGCGGAGGCGUGUGCGAGGACUGUCAACACAACACGGUGGGCCGGCAGUGCGAGCACUGCGCGCCGUUCUACUUCCAGCACCCGAACCGAGACCUGCGAGACCCAAACGUCUGCGAGCAGUGUAACUGUGACCCAGACGGGUCGCUGCAGGGCGGACUGUGUGACGCUCGGACCGACGUGCAGGCCGGGCUGAUCUCAGGUCAGUGUCGCUGCAAAGUCAACGUGGAGGGCGAGCGCUGUGACACCUGCAGACAGGGACACUUCGGGCUGGGACAAGGGCCCGGCGGCUGCUUACCUUGCACCUGCAACCCGCUGGGAACUCUGCCGGGAGGAAACCCCUGCAACUCAGAGACAGGAAGUUGCUUCUGCAAGCGCCUCGUUGACGGACACAACUGCGAUCAGUGUCUGCCGCAGCACUGGGGUCUGUCCAAUGACAUGGACGGCUGCAGACCAUGUGACUGCGACCAGGGCGGAGCUGUCAACAACAACUGCGACCCUCACUCUGGACAGUGUGAGUGCAGGGAGCACAUGUUCGGGCGGCGCUGCGAUCAGGUGGAGUCCGGCUUCUACUUCAUCGCUCUGGAUCACUACACCUACGAGGCGGAGGACGCCAAGCACGGACCUGGUGUGACUGUUGUACCGAGGCCUUACCCUCUGGAUCGCAGUCCUACGUGGACCGGUAUGGGCUUUGUUAACGUGCCGGAAGGAGCCUACUUAGAGUUCUCCAUCAACAACAUCCCUGAAUCCAUGGACUACGACAUCCUUAUCCGCUAUGAGCCGCAGCUUCCGCAGCAGUGGGAGCAGGUGAACGUCCGAGUGCAGCGUCCCGUCUUCAACCCUCCAAACUACUCCGGUCACUGCAGCAACUCCAUCCAGAGUGGAGACGACCAGUCCAUCUCUCUCCCACCUGGAUCCAGACACAUGUUGCUGGUGAGGCCGAUCUGUUUCGAGCAAGGACUGAACUACACGGUCCGACUCAGCCUUCCUCUCUACUCGUCCAUCAGCGCCGUCCAGAGCCCGUACACGCUCAUCGACUCUCUGGUGUUAAUACCGCGGGUCAGGGAGCUGGACAUGUUCCAUGGGAUCGACGGCGAGGGAGCGUGGGAUACGUUCCAGCGCUACCGAUGUCUGGAGAGCAGCCAGAGCGUCGUCAAAAGCCCCAUGACCGACAUCUGUAACGACUACAUCUUCAGUGUCUCCGCUCUGCUGCAUAAAGGAGCCAUGGCAUGCCAGUGUGACCCUCAGGGUUCCCUCAGCGCCCUGUGUGACCCCAGUGGAGGUCAGUGUCGGUGCCGACCCAACGUCAUGGGGAGGAACUGUGACCACUGUGCUCCUGCUACCUUCCUCUUCAGCCCCGCCGGCUGCAGACCUUGCGAGUGCGACCUCCGCGGCUCAGUCACCGCCAUGUGCCACGAGGCGACGGGCCAGUGCGAGUGCGUCUCAGGGGCGACGGGGCGCCAGUGUUCCCACUGCCUGCCGGGCUUCUGGGGCUUCCCUCAGUGCAGACCGUGUAACUGUAACGGCCACAGCGAGUACUGCCACCCUCAGACCGGAGAGUGUCAGGGCUGCAGGGACUUCACCACCGGACACCACUGUGAGAGGUGUCUGGACGGUUACCAUGGCGACCCAGAGCUGGGUUCAGGUGACCACUGUCGCGCCUGCAUGUGUCCCGAUGGGCCGCGCAGUGGACGGCAGUUUUCCGACAGCUGUUACCUGCUGGGUAACCAGCUGGUGUGUGUGUGCAGCUCGGGCUACAAAGGUGCCAGGUGUGAUCAGUGCGCUCCGGGUUAUUUCGGGAACCCUCUGGUGCCCGGCGGGCGCUGCCUGCCCUGCCAGUGCAACAACAACAUCGACAUGCACGACCCGGGGUCCUGCGACGCUCGGACCGGCGCCUGUGUGAAGUGCCUGCACCACACUGAGGGCUACGCCUGUCAGCACUGCAAACUGGGUUACUACGGCAACGCUGGCACGCAGAGCUGCAGGAAGUGCAUGUGUUACCCGAUGGGCACGGCUCCUCAGGCCUGUUCCUCCCCUCACGACUGUCAGUGCGAUCAGCUCAGCGGUCAGUGUCCCUGCCAGCCCAACGUGGUCGGUCAGAACUGCGACCGCUGCGCUGCCGAUACGUGGAACAUCGCCAGCGGAACGGGCUGCCAGCGCUGCGACUGCGACCCCGACCACUCCUACGGAUCGUCCUGUAAUGAGGUCACAGGUCAGUGCUCCUGCAAACCAGGUUUUGGUGGCAAGACGUGUCGGGAGUGCAGAGAGCUCUUCUGGGGGGAUCCAAAGGUCAAAUGUCAAGCCUGUGACUGUGACGCUCGGGGAAUCUCUAGCAAUCAGUGCCAUCGUGCGACAGGUCAGUGCACCUGUGUGAAAGGUGUGUCGGGCCUGAAGUGUGACCAGUGUGCCCGGGGCUACCAGGGGGAGUUCCCCUCCUGUGAGCCCUGCCACCAGUGCUUUGCCGUCUGGGACAACGUGGUCGGCGAGCUGACCAAUCAAACUAAACGCCUGGAGGCCCAAGUGACGGAGCUCCAGAGCAGCGGCGUGACGGCGCCGUAUAAAGAAUUAGUCAGCAGUCUGGAGAGGAACGCCAAAGCUGUGAGGGAGAUCGUGGAGAGCAACCCUGCAGCGGUGAAGCUGGAGCAGAUUCAGGACCUGAUGCACGAAAUAACUGGUUUGAUGUCCUACCUGAACGGGAAGCUGAACACAUCGGAGGAAACCUUGGACCUUCUCCACGGGGACGCCAACGCCACCGACGCUAAUUUGGACGCACUGACUGACGAGGCCGACCGGCUGGAGCAGAGCGUGAAGGAGCUGAGACAGCAGGUGUACGACGCCAAGAACGCCAACAUCCAGGGGGCCAUGGACACCAUUACAGACGCACACAGGCAGUCUAUGAUGGCGGAGCUCCGCGCCAACGCCUCCACCAGCGAUCCUGGAAACACAGUGGAGCGGUCGGCUGCGGUACGGAAAGCCACCGAGGACAAACUGAGCAGCGGUCAGAAGGAGUUCGAUCGCAAGCACCAGAGAAAUCAGAAGAAGCUCGACAAACUGUCGAAUGAGCUGAAGCAGUUGGACCUCGUCUCACUGAGUGAAAAGACGUGUGGAGGUGCAGCUGAAGGCGACAGCUGCUCCGACUCCUCCUGCGGUGGUUUGGGUUGUCGUGGAGACGGAGCGCCUCAGUGCGGAGGAGAGGGAUGCGGUGGCCUCGUCAUCACCUCGGAAAAAGCUCUUAAAUCAGCCAAAGACCUGGACCAGGAGAUCCUGACGGCGAUGCAGGAGGUGGACAAGCUCUCCAGGAUGGUGUGGGAGGCCAACAACCGUGCAAACGCGGCCAAGGUGAACGCUAUGGAGGUGCUGAUCAAAUCCAACCAGAGCAAAGAGCGGGUGGAGCAGAGCAACGACCAGCUGCGCAACCUCAUCAAGGAGAUCCGAGACCUGCUGACCAAUGAAAAAGCAGACGUUUCCGUGAUCGAGGCGGUGGCCAACGAGGUGCUGACUCUGGAGAUGCCGACCUCGACCGAGAAGCUGCAGGAGCUGACGAAGGAGAUCAGGGAGAAGGUCGGCACUCUGACCAGCGUGGAGUCGAUCCUCAGUCAGAGCGCCGACGACAUCCAGGCUGCUGAGGCGCUGCUGAAACAGGCGAAGGCUGCCAGUGAGCAGGCGUCCAACAUGAAGGACACGGCGGAGGUCGUGAAGGCGGCGCUGGACGAGAGCGAGCGGGCUCAGAACGUCGCCAUGGACGCCAUCCAGCUGGCUCAGAACAACACUAAAGGCACCCUGGACCUGCUGAUCACCGUGGAGUCGGAGACGGCCAUGUCGGAGCUGAAGCUCAGUAACACCACGGGUCGUCUGGUCCAGCUGGAGCGGGAGGUCGGGCUGCUGAGGCAGAACAACCUGGAGGUGAACCGGCUGGCGGAGCGGGUCGACUGGAUCACAGAACAGGCCAAACAGAACGCAGACGAGGCGCAGCAGGAGUUUGACGUGGAGGUGAAAGAUAAAUUCGAGGAGGCGGAGGACCUGGUGGGGGAUAAAGGGGAGUCGGUGCUGCAGGCGAGGAGGAAAGCGGACGAACUGCAGCAGGAGGCCAAAGAGCUGCUCGCUCAGAGCAGCGCCAAGCUACAGAGACUCAGCGAGUUGGAGAGAGCCUACGAGUCGAACCAGCGAGUCCUGGAGGCCAGAGCUGCAGAGCUGGCCGAGCUGGAGCGAAAGGUCCGCGGGAUCCUGGACGAGAUCAGCCAGAAAGUGACGCUGUACAGCACCUGUCUGUGAUGAUCACCUGGAACGCCGCAGCGCCUCAAACUCUUUAGUGUUUCUCAUGUGAACCGGCUGGGAUCUUAACAGUGCCAAGGUUUUUUUUUUUUUUUAAAUAGCGUUACAAACAAUCGCUCCCAGAUGAUUCCCUCGUAUCCUAAAGCUAUCAGGACCAAACACUGUAAUAUGUUUGACACCGUCAGUGCCAACAGGUUUGAUUAUGUGUGAACCAGCAUCUUAACGCCCAGCUGUACCGGACCAGCUGAGCCGACAAGUAUUUUAACAAUGGAAACAACCAAUAAAGUAUUGAAGUAACGAGUCCCAAAGGAAACCACUAAAAGCCAAUGUGACCUCAGUGCUCCAAACCAAAACUGUGUAGAGAAUAUACAACAAUUUAACUCUAUAAGCUACGACAACACGUGUAUUUAAAUAUAUGACUGAACAUUUUUGACAGAAAUAUUAAAGUUUUAUAAAGUUUUAUAUGUAUACUGAAUAAGCCCAAAGAUUGAAAACAAAAAUCACUGUCUGGACCAAAACAAAGUCAUUGUGAAUGUUUAUGUGACAAGAAUUAAAUACUGAAUUGAAAGUGAA